GGUUCCAGUUCCAGUUCCGGUACACUACAGCGCCUCUCGUCGUCACCGGAAACACCGCUCAAACAACUCCAAUCACAAACGCCGACUAGAAACAAUCCUCCGGCGAGCUUCUUCUCCCUCCUCAAAAUCCUCUCAGUGGCUGUAACUACAUUGUAAGAGGUUAUGAAGUACCUGGGAAUCUUUAAGAAGUCCAGCUAUGUCAUCAGUUCCCGCAUUCCGUGGGAACAAUGCUUCUUCUAUAAGCCUACAAAAUCCAUUAUAAAGCCUUCUUCAUGUGUGAGUGCUCUUGGACUGUCUAGUGUUCAUUGCUAUUCCUCAAGAUCAAAGACUGCUAAAUCAAAAACGUCAAGCAGCGCUGCUGUUUCUUCUGUUUCGGAUGAAGAGAAAGACGCCUUUUUCGUUGUUCGGAAGGGUGACAUUAUUGGAAUUUAUAACGAUUUAAGUGAUUGUCAAGCUCAAGUUGGAUCUUCGGUGCAUGAUCUUCCAGUUAGCGUUUAUAAGGGAUAUUCGUUGCUCAAAGACACAGAGGAGUAUCUUUCUACUGUUGGAAUGAAGAAACCACUUUAUGGUUUUAGAGCUUCAGACUUGAAAGAAGAAAUGUUUGGACCUCUCACUCCUUGUCUUUUCCAGGAUCAACUUCCUUCAGCUUCCAUGUCAGUUGAUCCCUUGGAAAAGCUUGCUAAGCUGAAGCCAUCUCAUGAUACCUCAACUACAACUUGCAUUAUUGAGUUUGACGGUGCAUCAAAAGGAAACCCCGGUCUCUCUGGCGCUGCAGCUGUACUGAAAACUGAGGACGGAAGCUUGAUCUGUAAAAUACGUCAAGGUUUAGGAAUUGCCACAAACAAUGCAGCAGAAUAUCAUGGAUUAAUCCUAGGAUUGAAGCAUGCUAUUGAGAAAGGUUACACGAAAAUUAAAGUGAAAAGUGACUCCAAGCUAGUCUGUAUGCAGAUGAAAGGUCAAUGGAAGGUAAACCAUGAGGUAAUGUCGAAGCUCUACAUGGAAGCAAAACAACUUAGAAGCAAAUGUGUUUCUUUUGAGAUCAGUCAUGUUCUACGGAAGUUGAACUCUGAUGCGGAUGAACAGGCAAAUAUGGCUGCUCGUCUCUCUGAAGGAGAAGUUCAAAUGGCUUAAAGGAUCACCGAUGAACGAAUAUAGACUAUAGAGAGAUGUGGUUUUUUUUAGGUCUACGCUACAUCCAAGUCUAAACAGCCGUAUCUAACUGUGAGUUGUGUCUCUAAAGAGGACGUUCAGAAGCGAUUUCUCUUCACUGAAGGUCUCGGGUUAUACCAUCAGGGGUUAACUAACCACUAUGUAAAUCUUUUGCUUUUGCUGUUGGGAAAUGUACAUGACCCUUGGUGCUUUUUUCUAUUUUAGUAGUUGUUUGCUUUUUACAUCAACGUAGAAAUCUAAUGGUUCCAACUUUUUUUC